AUGAAAACAGUUGCUUUGGUUUUUAUUUUAUCUGCUAUUGGACUCUCAGAGCAGUUGAGAGAUCCUCGAUGUUUCCCACCCACGAAUAUCUAUAGAGCUCCUGAUUGUGUGCCUGAUAUUACCUCGGAGAAUCCUAAUUUUGAUUGCCAAGGAGGUCAUUUUGUGAGAACUGCUGGAAUAAGCAUGCCGUGCACCGCAGACCACGAUUGUAUGGAGAACAUGGAACCAAACGAGUGGUGUAACUCCGAAAGAAAUGGUUUUCAGUGGGCAGCAAGCGGAUGUCACUGCGACCUGAAGCUUAAAACAUGUAUUAUGCAGAGAUUUGAUAGAAACUAUAAUGAAAUUCAGUGGGCCUUCUGUACACCAAGGAAUCGAUUCAGGUGUGAAGUUUCGGAUCAUUGCUCACCGCCCAAGAACUGA